AUGGAAGAUAUCGGUAGAAUUCCAGAAGAAAUAGUUAGAAAAAUUGCAAUAGAACAUCUAGAAAAUCUAGAUGAUUUUGAAAGUUUUAAAGAGGUUUGUUCUAAUUGGAGAUUUGCUAUAAAGGAGGUUGAUUUUGUAUUCCCUUCCACCAACACCCAACUCCCUUGGUUGAUGCUAGCCGACUCUCCAACCACUCCUUACCGUAGAUUUCACAGCCUUACUAAGUCCAUGUUCCGGAAAUUCGAUCUACCGGAACGAGACGACGACGACGACGAUCACCGGCGUUAUUUCUCAUCAAUGGGGUGUGUGAUUUCUGCAAGUAGACGAAACCGAAACAUCAAUCUAUUCGAUCCUUUUUCGGGUAGAUGUAUCAAAUUACCAAGUGUAAAACUCGAUUUGCUGAAUGAUAUCGAUGAGUUUAAUCCAUGGAAUGACAAUACGUAUCGUGUCAGCUUUAUCAAAUUUAUAUUGUCGGCAAGGCCAUCGGAAUCGGCAUCGUACGACGACGAGCUUGAAAUAGCGAUGGUGUACGACAAAACCCAAAGAUUGGCCUUUUGGAGAAGUGGCCAACCAAAUUGGAUGAAACCCGAUGUAGACUUACCUUGGGUGUUCGACCUCUGUUUUUUCAAAGGACAAUUCUAUUCAGUAGAUCAUCAAGCGAAAGUCAUGGCAUUCGGGAGUGACGUCACAAAGAAACAACCCAGAUUAGUUGCUAACUUGAUGACUCAAGGUCUUAUACUAGAGAAUCCUAUGAAUAUGUAUAUAGUCCCCAUAGAAAACAAACUAGUGUUAAUUGAAAGAUCUUUCAAAGAUCUUGAUGAAGAACCAGGGUUUGAUGAAAAUUCGGUGUAUACAUAUGCGACUCAAACCUUUGAUGUGUUUGAAUUAGAUCUUGAUGAUGGAAAAGUAAAACGGGUCGAGAGUAUAGGAAAUCGGGCUAUAUUCGUUGGUCAUGGAUCUACUUUCUUAGUUGAAGCUGAUAAUGAUGAGGUACAAUUACAAACAUCUUCUUCAUCAUCAAAUAAACAUAAAUGUGGUUGCAAAUCUAAUUGUAUUUAUUUUACCGAUGAUUGGUACGAGACUUAUUAUGUUCACAAGAAGGGAGGGGGAGGUGAUAUGGGAAUUUAUAGUUUGGCACAACGGAAAGUCGUUGAUACAUUUUAUCAAGGUCCAUCACAAUUUGAUUUUGUAAAUCCACCGAUAUGGGUGGAGCUCCCUCGUCGUUAG